AUGCAUAAAAUUUCAAGAAAACAGUUAACCGUUGGAGCUCGUAGAAAAGAUAGACCGAGAAAAAGGAGACAGUCCUUUAAUCCUAAAGAUCCGGAAACUGAUGAUAGUUCCUUCACGAGCACCUCAGCAAAAAAAUUAAAAGGUGAUGAUAAAGAGCACGUGCCAGAAGAGGAUACACUCCAAUAUUCAAUCAUAGAUUUUGCCUUGGUUUUCUCAACUCUCUCAUCGUUUGUGCGGUGUUCUAACAUUAUUGACGAUGAACAUAAAGAUCAAUUGUGUAAUGGUAAAGUACAAUUUAAGCAAUGUUCGAAAUUUGGUCUGGGAUAUAAAAUCGUAGUAGAAUGUGAACGAUGUGAUCCAAAAUAUAUUUUAUCUUGUCAAAAAAUCGGAAGAAUGUAUGAACUAAAUCGCCGGUUCAUUUUUGUUAUGAGAAUAUUGGGCUUAGGGCUCGCCGGAUGCAAGAAAUUCUGCGGUUUGAUGGACAUAAGCAGUUCAUUUUUAAACCAGCCUACAUACGAUUUUUAUAUUGAUAAAAUACAUGAGUGUAUUGAGACAGUUACUCAGACUCUAUUCUCAUCUGCUGCUGAAGAAGAAAAACAAUUUACAAAUAUUGAAAACGAUUUACAAGAUACGACAGAUGUGAGUGUUUCCGGUGACGGUACCUGGAAGAAACAUGAGUAUACUCCAUUACCAGAUGAAGUUUUGAUUGCUAUGAAACCAAUAUAUGAUGAUCUCAGUAAGGAUGAGCUUCUUGAACGGUGUGUUGGUGGUUUCACACAAAAUAACAACGAGAGCUUCAACCAGUUGAUCUGGAAAAUUACUCCAAAAAUACUUCCUGCUGGUUCAAAGAUUGUUAAUAUUGCGGCAUUGGUCGCUGCUUGUAUCUUCAAUGAAGGAACAUCAGCUUUAUUAUUGAUUAUGCACGGUAUGGAUUUAAAAUUAGGCCGAAACUCCCACGAAUAUGCCCGAAUUUCGGAUGAAAACCGUGUAUGCGCAGCCGAAAAAAAAUCUGCGAGCGAGACUCGCGAAGCCAGAAUCCGUCAUCGACAGGAGCAAAAGGAUGCCCUGGACAUUGCAACUGCUGCAGGAUCUUUACUUUAUGGCCCAGGAAUCGACGAUUCACUAUGAUUUUGUCAGGAGUUAUGCUGACAACGCAGACGCACCUUUUUUCCGAGGGGUCACCGGAAAUGACGUCACAAUGGAGGAGUUUUAAUUUUUUUUUUUUUGAAAAUUUUAGAAAUUAUUCUUUAAAUAUGUAUC